UUUGAGAUUCUUUCAGGAUGUUCGAUCGAGGUGACGCUAUCCGAUCCACGACCUAUUGGAACUCGUCCAAACAGCAUCGGAGCGGCAAUGAGAGAUGGCCCCGUCCACUACCUCACCGAAUUUGCUCUUGGCUACAGUGUUUUAAUGUUUCCGUCAAUCCGAUCAUUGAACCAGUCAGAACCAAAGUCGCUGAUUACGCUACCGUAUCCAUUUCAUGGCACCGACAAUACGGUGUUCAACGGGAUCAUCUACUAUAGCUAUAGUGAUACUGUAAUUGCAUUUAAUAUGAACACAGGAGAAACGAAAGAGAUCCACCUGAACAUUAGCGAGGUUUCUCUUUACAAAAACUCGAACUCAUUCGUUGAUCUGCAAGCUGACGAACAUGGAGUUUGGGCUCUGUAUCGCCAGAACGAUGGAGAGCACCUAACAGCUAUCCGUAUGCAUCCAAUACUUUCAAGCUGGCCACUAUCCACAAUUCAUCCGAAUCGUUUGUGCAACGCUGUUAUUCGCUGCGGUUUACUAUACACAGUGGAGUGUGCCGAAAACAAAGUGAUAGUGUCUGCAGUUUACGACUUCUACGGCAGUAUGUACGUAAACGGCAAGAAAACGGUUUGGAAAGGUAUGAACGGCCUAUCCAGUGUACAAUAUGACCCGAGAUCGAAGACCAUCACCAUUUUCGACAACGGUGUUGUCUACACUGUGUCUGCCGUCUAA